AACAGAUCGAGCAGAUACAGACGUCUGAAACGUCGUUGACUGACCGAUGGGCGUUGGUCAGGAGAAGGAGAAGACUUUCUCGGAUGAGGAAGUACCUCGGAGCAAGAGUGGUGCCGGUGAAGGAGAGGAGCGUCGUCAUUCAUGCAGUGAUGCCAAUGACAGUGACGCUGGCUCAUCCUCUUCGUCGUCCUCGUCAUCUUCGACCGGUGGCAGCGGUAGCAGCACCGGGAAUGUUCAAAACGAUAAAAAGAAGAAACAGGAAAGGAAUCGGGCUGAAGCUCUGCUACAGGCCGAGAACCGAGUCCAGACACAGCAAAGGUCUAGAAUGUGGCAAACAGUGGCUAGCAGCGGUGAAAGCGAUGGGAAUAGCGGCAGCAGCAGCGAAGGAAGCGGAAAUGAAGACAGCGAAGGUGAUGGCAGGAGGGGAGAGGAAGAGGAGACGGAAGGAGGAAAAGGACGACAGGAAGAAGGAAAAGAGAAGAAAAAAGACGGAAAAAAGGAGGAAAAGAAGAAGAAGAAGAAGAAGAAGAAGGAGAGGAGAGACGACAAGGCAAAGGGAGCAAUCAUACCGGGGGCCGUGGACAUGAACCAGUUCGGGAAACACGGCAUUAUUCGGGAAUCGGACUUUCACAGGAAGAAGAACGACUUCGAAGUGUGGUGUCAGGAGAUUAAAGGUCUUCCCGAAAUUCCCCGAAACCACCACGAGGCCCUCCGCUUGUUUCGCUACUACAUGGAGGACUACAAUACUGCCACGUUCCCUCAUCCUAAGUACUACAACGUGGAAGCCUACGAGAUGGAUGAGUACAAACGUGGGCAGUUGAAAGCUGCAUUUAAAGAAGGCAGGGAGGGAGGCGUGUUCAAGGACGAAGAGGAACGCCGCUUGGAGAGUAAAAAAGGCGCGAAGGAGGGUGAACGAGCCGAUUUGGAGUGGGCGUUGAAGAUGAUGAGCAAAGAAAAGAGGGAUGCGUUGAAGGAGGAGGAGUUGCUGCGGGCCAAGAUGCAGCAAGCGUACAAGGCGGGGGAUUUGGCGACAGUCAAACGGAUUGAGCGCGCGUUAAUGACGGAAGAGGAACGAGAAAAAGCACGGUACAAAUAAGGAGGGAAGGGGCGAGGGAAGAGGCAAAACGCCCAAGGAGGGAGGGUUCGAGAAGGGAGGGCGGUGGAAGGUCCCGAGAAGAUGUUGAAAAGAUCACGUAGGACGUGGAAUGAGGCGACCUUUUCAUUAGAAUGAUUUAGGGGGUUGGAGCAUAAAUCGUGCAAAUUAUUCAUUUGCAAGUAAAGGCGUAGAAUCAUACCUCAAGCCGGGCAAGACAGACAUACACAGGAA